CUGGGCAGGAGAGACUCCCAAACUUAUCCAACCUGAGCCGGGUGAUCACAGGAAAGGUCUGCCCCUCAACAUCUGCCCCUCUGUCUUUGCUGCUCUAGCCCUCUUUUGCUCACAGGAUGCUGACCUGUCUGUACCAUUGGUUUUGGACGCCAGACUUCUGGAUUCCCCAGGAGUUCUCAUGGACUGACUUGGAGGAUUCAGAUGGGGUUACCUACCCUCAUGCUAAAGACCUGUGGAUGGCUCUUCCCCUGACCUUUGUCUUAAUCAUUAUCAGAUAUAGCUUCGAAAGGAGCAUCGGGCUGCCCCUGAGUAGGGCCAUGGGUGUGCAUGAAAAACAUAGGGUCAAGGCUGCUCCCAAUCCCAUCUUGGAAUCCUUUUUCUGGACAGAGAGUCAGAAUCCCAAAGAGGAUGAUCUGAGUCACCUAGCCCAGAAGUGUGGUCUCUCAGUAAGGCAGGUCCAGCGCUGGUUUCGACAGAGGAAAAAACAGGAGCAACCAUUACUGAAGAAGAAAUUCUGUGAAUCCAGUUGGAGAUUUUUAUUUUACUUCUUUUGUUCCUUUGGUGGCAUCUUUAUCCUCUACAAGGAGCCAUGGUUUUGGGAACCGAGGCUAUGCUGGGAGAAAUACCCCAAACAACCUCUACAGCCUGCCUUAUACUGGUGGUUCCUCCUGGAGAUUGUCUUCUACCUCUCCUUGUUGCUGACUCUGUUCUUUGAUGUGAAGAGGAAGGACUUCAAGGAGCAGAUCAUUCACCACUUUGUUGCUGUCACCUUGCUCUAUUUAUCUUAUUCUGCCAAUUUCAUGCGUAUCGGUGCCUUGGUGCUGCUGCUUCAUGAUGUGUCAGAUGUCUUACUGGAGGUUGGUAAAAUGUUUAAUUAUGCAAAGUGGAAACGUUCCUGUGAUACAACCUUCCUCAUCUUUGCCCUGGUGUUCUUUGUUAGUCGACUUGUCUUCUUUCCAAUAAAAGUCCUCUACAAUACCUACUAUCUUUCCCGAGCCUACUUCCAGCCCUACUUUGGAUUCUACUUAUGUAAUGGUCUACUGAUGAUUCUACAGGUUCUUCAUGUCUUCUGGUUUUACCUCAUCCUCCGCAUGCUCUUUAAAUUUAUUUUAGUUGGAGGGGUGAAGAAUGAUGUAAGGAGUGACAUGGAGGAACUGGACACAAGUGAUGAUCAGUCAGAGAAGAAAAAGCAGAGGAAUGAAAAACUCCAGACCGAUGAUAUCACAGAUGCAUGCAGCUCUCCCCGAGCUCGGAGUCGUUGGCAGCCUGGUUCCUGCCAGUUGGCAGGGCAUGCCAUAGCAACAUAA